AUGUUUCCUGAAGGUAAAGACUUUCAAGAUCCGAUACAAGCACUAAAUCUGAAAAACCUUCUCGAACGCAAAGACAUUCGUGGAAAUUCUGCUUUGCACUUGGCUCUGCGUAUUGUGCAGCCGAAUCAAGGCGCUAUUGUAAAGCUUCUACUCGAUCAUGAUGCUAGUGUAACUUCAAGAAACUAUGAGGGAUGGAGCUGUGCACAUGAUGCAGCUCUAUGUGAUGAUGAGUUUCUAUUAGCUCAGGUUUACCUUCAAGGCGAGAAACAGUUGAUACAGUCGAUGGAAUCAAGUCAAGAGACGUUUAUGCAGGCAUUAGAGAAACUACCGGACUUUGAAGCAGAGAUUUUCAUUGAGGCGCAGUCGUGGGUGCCUAUGGUAUCGAGCGUAUUACCAUCCGACACUAUCCGGAUCUGGAAACGAGGGACUCAGCUACGCAUUGACUCGACGUUGAAAGGGUUGGAUGGAGUAAAGUGGAAAAAAGGACUUAUGUCUCAAGUGUAUUUAGGAAGAGGAAGCGGAAAGAGAGCGGGACAUGCAAUCGUGAUGGAUCAUGAGAAUAAGAAGUUCUAUGAUGUACUGGCAGGCAUGCACAACUCGUCGGUGGGGAACAUGGAUUUGGCUCUACAAGUUUCAUUGACGACGGCCAUGUCGUCGACUAGUUUCGAUGCGACGAACUUGGAGUUUGUAAAGCAGAAAGAUGUGAAAGCAAAAGCAACGACGGACGUAGGAAGGAUAGACCAAGAUGAAGAGAGAAAAAAGAGUCGUAGUCGACAGAGAAGGUGUCCGUGGCCAGGAACGGUGUACAAGAUGCAAAAUUUCUCUAUUGAAGCGCGCUUUCGCCCUGUUGUGAAUCCAGACCGCAAAUUGAAGCAACAUUUGACUGACAAGGAAACGCCUUUUGAGGAAGUGCAGCAGUUCGUGGAACAUUUGCAGUCUUCUGUGCCUCGUGGAAAGUAUAGUAAAUGCGCCAAACGGGCACUCAAUGAUAGCUCCAGCGGCGAUUCUACAGGUGACAAGCCCUCGCAGAUUUUACGGGUUGAGAAAGGGUGCAAGGUUGAGAUGCAUUUGGACGUGAUUGCAGGUGAUACGAUUGAGUGGGAAUUUCAAUCCAAGAGCAGCGACUUUUGCUUUAUGGCAACAUACUUUCACGAAGACGAGCAACAAACUGUGUGUCGUACUGACGGUGUCAAGAACAUGAGGAUUGUUGGAGUAUUUGAGAUCGAGCAUGACGGCAGUUUCGUCUUGAUGUGGCAAAACACGCAGAAGGGCUUUACCAUUGAUCGAAGCGGGAUUAAGGUCACAUAUACCGUAUCCCACAUUCGAUCAUCACUUGAUAGGUCCCUAGUAAAUGCUCCCACUACAGAUAUUACUACCCAAGGAAAUUUGGCGUCGUCAAAGCCGUCGAUGUGGAAGGCAGAUACAGAGAAAACGAGCCAUGGCUCUUCCAGACUCAACGAUGAGCAGAAAUGCAAUUUUUUCCGUCAAUUAAAUCAUAUACCAAACCCAAUUACUACUACAACGGCGUUUGCGGACUACUUCAAGCUCAGAGAAGUUUCAAUUGAAUCCAAAGAAUCUUCAAAUGAUAAACAAUGUGAGUCUACGAAAACGUUGUUGUUUUCCAAAAUAUUUGAGGACAAAACGCUACACUGUUCUCAAACUGCAACAGCGUCUUCUUCAAAGCAGACUGGAGCGGCUGACACCACGUUCGGUAUGAAAAAUACAUUUCGAAGUCUGACACUUGUGCCAACAACGCGUCAUGUACGCAAAGACUUUGAGGCUAAGGUGGUAAUGACCAACAACUUUCCGUUUCAGCUGCGAGAUUUUUUACCUGUCAUCAAGUUUCUCUCGACGACGGGCGACCAUGUCAAGAAUCUCGAGGAGUUUUUUCAAAUGAAACUCCCACCUGGAUUUCCUGUCAAAUUUGACCUGCCAAUGAUGUUUACAAUCCAUGCCGCUUAUACGUUCCAAAGCAUCUCGCUAAACCCACAGCUGGAUCCAAAGCAAUUUGACAUUCCAGACGAUUACUGCGAAGUAUUCACCCUGGAUGAAGCCGCAAACAGAUUAUUUGUAGAAAUAGAACCUUUUAACAAACUGCCGUAUGACCAUAUGACACUUGGCGAGCACUUUUUUAAUCUCCAAGUUCAUAUUGCCUCUCUCCAACUGCAUUCCGCACUGUCGAUUCGUCUCAGCUCGAUGGCGUCUCGCGACGUCGAGUGGCGUCAAUUCUCCGCACUGUGCAAUGAUCUGCGAAGUGUUAAGAACUCCAAGGGUGUAUCCAGCGCCAUUGAUAAACUACAGUCAUUUCUAAGUGAUGACCGUAGCCGCCAACUGGUCCAUCGCUGGCGGAGUUGGGGUUAUCUUUUGAAUUGUCUGCUGCAUGUUAUUAAGGAGGAAAUGCGUUUGUGUCGUUACAUGGUCAAUAAGAUCAAAAGCAGGACAAAAACCUCACGCUCGAAGAUGCCACAGCUUCGGUACUGGCAUUAUCUUCGGACAGAAUUAGAGACUGCGCACGUGACAGCGGACGGUCCAUUGCUACACUUGGAUCCAAACGGCCGUGACUGUAUUUGCCAAUUAUUUGCCUUCUCACUGGCCGUCAUUGAGCGUCAAAAGUAUGUGGGGUUUGGUCAUAAUUUUGAAACACUUGUGGAUAAAGAGGCUUGGCUCACAGUAGAGGUGCUCGUACAAUACCGUGUCUACUGCGCUGUGUUGGACUACAAUGACUGGAAGAACGUGACAGAAGUGGCAAUAGGUAGUUUUGCACCAAAUUGUGAUGCUGAAAGCUUGAUUGGAGACGUAGCAACUGCUACAACUCGUGUGAGAGUGCUCAGGCUCUUGUUAAGAAACUGUCCGUUUGACUUGAUAUCGCUGCUGCCUCGUGUAACAUUUGAGAUUCUAAUGUGGUUUCAAGCUGUAAAAGUAGAAAGUAAUGCAGAUUUACUAUUGGUAGUCGCCUCGACGAUGAUGGAAACACUGACCGACUUAAUGCGGACGAAUUUUAGUUCGAUUGCGCCGUUCAUACUUAAGCAAGGAGUGAUAGUGUUGGAGUUUAUUUGCAUAUCAAACAAAGAGAGAAAAAAUGGACUCAAAGGUGCCCCUGGAGAGUUUGUAAUGCAGUUCCUUGAGCUGUAUCAGCAUAAUAGCGUGACCGUUGAGCCUGAUUUGUGUUAUUUAUCUCCGAAAAAGCUAUUGCGUGCAAUGAAGAAGCUGGUUCACGUUGCUACGAGUCCAGAAGAAAUUAAUCUUAUAAUGAUGCAUUUCAAUUCGGCUAAGGAACGGAGAUUAGGAAACGCUCUGGGAAUUGAAGACCAGGAAGUUCGUCGCUUGGCUUGUACUGCAGAUAUUAUCUUCUACCAUGACCUUUUGGUAUCGGAGUGGAUGCAGAGCAUUACUGAUGAGCUGACACAAGACGAACCUACACUCGAUCAGUUUGAUGUUGGCAAUAAGCGUCCAAGGUUUACUUCAACUGAGUUAGCAUGGGAGGUUGUCAUCGAGCAUGUUUUCGACAGCCCACGUACAGACACUCACUACAUGACUGCAAGCUCAGCCUCGUCUGCAUCGCAGCGGCAGACAUCGUCGGUAGCUUAUCUAUCAAGAGAUGUUCAUCCAUCUCAGUCCAGGCGAACAGAUACACAUCAAAGUAGUGAUUCCGGUUUAUGGCUUCUGCUUCUCCUGUCCAUUUUGAGGCGUCACGGUGACUACUAUAUGUCAAACCGUAUCGGUGACUUAAUGAUUGUGAUGCAGAAGCUCGGAGAUAUGUUAGUGGUCAAAGAAAUGGGUAAAUGGCAAUUGUUGACGCUGCAGAUUUUGAUUCAGAUGGCCUCGCUAUCGGCACGGUUUCACGGUAAGUGCACCGACUACUUGAGAGAACAUUGGCUCACCGUGUGGCAAAAUUUACUCCGUCCCGAGCUUCCCUACGCCCGAAUGACGGAGGGAAUAGGAUUGAUGAGAGGCCAAGCAGGUGACACUGUGCUUACGUUGUUAAAUUGCUGCAUUGCGUUUCGGCUCGUCUCAAUAAACAUUAUUGAAGCAAGCAGCAAGGAUCUGUGGAAUUUGCCUGCUUUUCGGCAACCGGCGUUAGACACUCAAGUUUCUCGAGGGGAUACCAUGAGGCCGUAUGCGAGAACAUCGAUGGCUUCCAUUUCCACGCUGCUGUCACUACUUCGUCAUAUUCAAGUACCAGCAGGAGCCGACACGACCGCGGGAGCACUGCAGGCCCAUGGGUUACUAGACACCGAUGAUGAUAUUGUUGCCGCUAGUCAUGCGUCGGUGCCGUCAAGAUUGCUUCAAUCAGUAUUUGAUCAUCUUCGCGCUCAAGUAUUCUGUAGGAACAUUGCUCCGUCAGUGGGAAACGGAGCGAGUUCAUUUACAAGGGUUGAUUGGCAAACAGAAGUGUCGCCGAUGAUAUAUGCAUCUGUCAUUCGGUCAUUCUUUGGUCAUACAACUUCAAAGACGGAUGCUCCGGAAGAAUGUGCUUUCGUUCCUGAAUUGCUUCGCAAGUUCUCGACAAACAGUGAGAAAGAAUGUGAAAGCUGGCUAACCGCCGAAGAGCUUAAUGGUUUUGGAGUGGCCUUUUGCAUGCUUGAGAAUGGAUUGGACUCUCUUUCUAUGGCUUUUCCGUCUUUCACUGGGGUAAAGCCGUCUGCUUUUUCGCCAUUAAUUCAAGCAGUGGCUGGCAAAGUUGCGGGAACGGAUGAAUCAAGUUGGUACGAGGGUAUUAGCUUAUGUGAGAGGAAUGUCGACUAUUUUGAACGACUCGCUGUUCCAGCUGGUCUUUUGGGAAAGCUGAUUCCGCGUCAAAAUGUAUUCUCUAGCAAUGACUUUUGUGUGAAUGACUCUUAUGUUUGUGCUCAGUCGAUUUCAAAGAAAAAGGUGCAGGCCUUGCAAAAAGAAGUCAUUAACUUGUUUGCUGGAUUACUGGCGGAAAUUGCAAGUAAUCUGCCCUCUGAUGAAAGCAGCCCGAUGAAAGGAUUGCGAUUGCUGGCAAAUUCGCUGGAUGUUGGACUUGUUCUUGCAACACUAUACGCUGAUGAAAUUGUGCAUGCCCCAGAUAGCCCGAACGAGAGCUGUAUUCGUGUGCUUCCGUUGCUAAGGCAGUAUCUUGAGAUUGUUGCGAAUUAUUUGAAACCAAGUGCGAUUGAACAAGCCCAGCAGAGUCAAUCCAUGUCAGAGAAUAUAGUACAUAUAUUGCGCAAGCUCCACACAGUUAUCCUAAUUUCACAAGGCCGAAAUACACUGGGAAGAUGUUGUCAUCCGUCGGCAGAUCCCAUCGAGUUAUGGACCCCGCCAGACUUACGCCCAGCAAUUCAUGCUAUUGUGAGCUCGGUAGAAGCAUCACUGGCAAGUCUUAGUGGCAUACAAACGAAUUCUCCGAGCAAAACAAUGGUUUCGCCGCACGAUGGUUCCAGUUCGAUUCGUGGUCUGUCGAGGUGGGCAUCAAGUUUUAGUCAACCAUCACAAUCACAACCACGAAGUCAGCUGAUACAAAACGAAUGGGAUACUAUGGAUGAUGCCAAGGAAGAUGACGUCUCUCGCGAUCGUCCUGCGAGCCGUGUUUUACAAAAAAGUGCCAGUUUGUGGUGCUUUCGUCUGAUCUUGCUGCUCAAGAAAGAUAGCGGUCUUUCCUCUGUAAAGAGCUUUUUCGAAGGUAUCCUGUUUGAGCCCGAUUUUGUGCUGGCAGUAGCUGUUCUCCUGUGUGGCGUAACUGGCCAUGACAGCCUGGAAGUGUUUGUCAAGCUAAUUGAUUAUGCUGCAGAGAAAGGCACGUGCGAAAAUUGCACGCGAUCUAGUAUUCGAGAUGAGAGCUGCCGUACAUCGAUCUUUCUUUCUCAAGUGUUGUCAGCUCUUGCUCUUGCUGGUUUAGUGUAUGAGAAACGGCAGUAUGAGCGCGAUGAGUCACCCCCCGCGCUGUUGUUGACAUGUGCGAAGAAACAUUUAGAAACCAUGGCUAGUCUUCAAUCUAAAUUAAGCUUACGCAUGGCGCGAAGAGCUGAGUUGCAGUGCCUUGAGGUAUUUUUCCGUCUCAGCACGCGCGAAUUCAGCGAGUUUGAAACAGCAUGCGUAACAGGGCUUACAGACUGGGACGUGAGUGUCCGUGUCGUGGCGUCACGUAGUCUUCAAUCUAUAUAUUAUAUGUAUCCGGCAGGUGGCGAAAAGAUUUUUCGGCACAUUUUGAAGACUUUGGGAGGUUUACUGGAUGCACCUGCCGUAAAGCCAAGCGCAAACGUGGGGGAUGAGAUCAAAGCUCAGCAUCAGCCAACAGAGCAAGAAGUUGCCGACCCUCGGUUGUCCAUAGACUGGUGUUUACCUGUCUUGCUUAGCCUGUAUGUGAGCGCCUGCUCGUCUCAGAUGGCACUUCCAGCAGUACUUACAACAUGCGUUGAGAUGGCAUCUAUGACUGCAUCGCUGCAUGCUGUGGGCGCUCCUUCUUUGAUUGCAACCUGGCUGGAUGCGAUGGCGCUGUCUCAUGGAUACGCUGACGUCUCAAAUUUGCUGGACGACCACUUUUGCCGUCUUUGCGCCAGCGAGACAGAGCAUGCCAAUGUUGUAUCGGCGAUCGAUGCACAGUUGACCACGGAUUUGUUUGCGUUUUCGUUCAUCUUAUCGGCACAUCCUGACCCAAUGCUAAAUGGAUUGGCAAACCAGAUACGUGAGGUAGCAGACGAACGGGCGCAAGUAUGCCCACUUUCGUUAUUGCAGCUUGGGCAUAUAGCAAGCAAAAUGGUCCGAUUUACAGUGUGGGGUAUUUUAGAGGGGAACGGCGACGAGAAAUUUGCUCGAAGUGAAUUCUGGAAAUCUGCACUGAAUGCAAUGAGAGAAGAAUAUGUUGAGUUUGAUUGGAAACUGAUAAAUUUAGCCGAUCAUCUCAGCGAGUUUUAUGUGCUUUUGCUGAGAACAGCACUGUUCUAUCCAAGAGCUGUAUGCACAGUGGAAUGUUUCAACAUUUUUGUUACGGAGUCUUGUGAUGCAGUGGUUGAAACUCCUAUGCUGCAACAUUUCAUGCUUUUGAUAUGCUUUCAGGCAAUCAAACACCUAGCCAUCAGAAAUCGUCGUCGCAUUGGAAGUAUAUUGUCGCGUCUUGUCCGUGUGACAUGUGAGCGCUUUUUGAAAAAGACGGACAUGUUUGGAAAAUAUCUUGGGUUUGUGGUGCAGGAGAUCAGUUGUAUCCUGUUAAACUGUACUAAAGUGCCACGCAGGACUAUAAAAAAUGCAAUGUCGCUCGAUGUCAAACCUCAGAAUGGGUUAAGUUUGAAUGUAGACGAUCAGGCAGAACUGGAGAGGGUAAUUUUUGCUGUGUGCAACGGCUUCAGCAGCGGCCUUGGAAAGUAUGCUCUCGACAUCGACAUGGUACCAAAUGGUAUAUCAGAGAGUCUUGACAAGCUCAACGCUCUUAUAAUUGAGAGUAAAAUGAUGGGAUUGUCUAAAGAAAGCCAAGGGGAGGAAGGUUGUAGGCUUGAUUCUUCACCGCACUGCAUUAUAGACCCAACGAGCAAUCAAGCAAAACAACAUAUUCAGAUGUUUAUCCAAAGGGAGCAUAUGCGUGGAACCAAGUUUUACAACCCAUUACUCUUCGGUGGACUAUCGAGGGCAAACACGAUAGAGAAUAAGUCGUCCGUACACGAGACUGCUCACACAUCAACAGAAUCGUUCGCAGAUGUCCGGUUAUCUGAAGUGACUACAAGUAUUGGAAGUGUGCGGGAUUCUAGUCUGUCAACGAAGAAACUGUACGGAAAACUUGCUAGCACAUUAUUGUAUCUAAGUUCAUCAAGCACGUUCGGUAACAAAGACUUCAACCAAGAUAGCGGCAUAACGAGUCUAGCGAAUGCGUUGGGCGAGCUAGGAGCUUUAGAUGCAAACGACUACGAACUGAGUCUGGCAACGGAAGAAGGAAAAUUGUCCCGCUUGUAUCGACUACAUUUUCAUCGGGGUGCACUUCAAGAGACCAAGACAACUUUUUCUCUCAUGAUGCACGAGGAUGUACUGGCUCACCUAAGUUCGAUUGUUUUUGAAGGAAGAAAGGCCGAAAAAGUUGACCCAUCAAUACUAGAGCAAGCGCUGAAGAUAUUGAAAAACAUUCUUAAUCUCGACGAGGGUGUACGGGCUUUGGCCCAAUGCAAGGACGGAGAACUUAAAUCAUUUUUGUGUCCUUUUGAAGGAUCACCACCGUCUACAUGGUCCUCAGCUUUCCCAAAACAUAGCGAAGAGUGGGGCCAGAAGCCGAGGAACACACUACGACGCUGCACGGAGCUGUGGACUUCAGCAGAGAAAAAAGGCUUUGAAGCGUGGGUUUGUUCGCUGACUUCUUUCUUGGCUAUGAGAUCCCCAGACCAAGUGUUGAAGGCAUGCUCCGCACUGGUAUCUUUGCGAGUAGAUAUGGCAGUGUUCCUGUUUCCUCACGCACUCGAAAGUAUUUUGAGAAGAUUUGAGCAUCAAAAGAAGCCUGGUGAUAAAGUGAACACAGCAGGUCUUACUGAUUCCGAGGAUAUCUCGGGGAUCGCGAAAGCUAUUAACGAAGGCAUUGACUUUGUUUUGACUGGAGAAAAAAGUUACAAGUCCAGUAUGCCUGGUGCAACAUCGGAGGAACAAAUUCAAAGUCUCCAAACACUCUCUACUCAACCACCCGAAGCUAUCCAGCUCGUCAUCCAUAGCAUCAAUUUUCUUCGUGAGAUUGAAAAAACUCAGUUUGUGGAAACUAAUGGUAGAGGCAGGCAGAAGUUAUCUACAAGAAUAGGACCCAAGCGAUUAUCUGGACAAAAUACUCUUGUACCAAAAGAAACUUAUGGAAACGGGCUGGCAUAUGGAUGUAUCGUUGAUGUGAAAGACUUUCUUGCGGUUGCCAAGGCAGCUGUUCGCGUAAAAAUGCCGUAUUCAGCCAUGCAGUAUGUUGAGAUGUGGCUGGAAAAAGAGCACGGUGGGAAGAUUACUUCACUGUCUUCGCUGAAUAAUGACGAAGUGGUGAAUGUUCUCCGCGGCAUUCUUGUUGAUGCAUACGGCUUUGGCAGCGACGAUGAUGGGAUCUACGGAGUCAACGACGGCCGAACAUUGGAAUCACAAUUGACAAAAUUUAAUCGUGAGGGUCAGCACGCAAAAGCUCUUCCACUAUAUGAUGUCUCACUACAAUUCAUAAACUCAAACGUGGAUGACGGCGCAAAAAUGGCUGGUAGUCACUCGCUCCAGCUUAUGGAGGGAAUGUUGACAUCAUUGCAAUUACUGGGAUACAAUAACUUACUGGAGGGUUAUUUGCAAUCAAUGCAAUGGAAUCGACAAUCUAUGAAUCUGGAAUCACUGUCCUCUUUACAGCAUAAAUACGAACUUGCCUGGAAGAACAUGCAAUGGGAAGCAAUUCUUCCAGGUCUAUCAAGAACAGGAAAUACUUGGAAGUAUGACACGGCGAAUGGUUUUUCGCAGCAGAAAACAAUUUUUGAAGGCUUAAGAGCAAUAGCUCAUGGCAAAUUUACACACUUGCAAAACGUGAUGUCAAAAGCAAAGAGGCAGAUCCUACGGUCCAUUCAAUUAAGCCUGCAAUCAUUUGAGAGUACAAAAGAGUCAUACUCAGCUAUGGUUUACUUACAGGCUAUUCGAGAAAUUGAGGAGAUGGCAAAUCACAUGGAAAAAGCAGAUCAUGUUGCAGACAAAGGUACGAUUCCGCCAGUAAAUCGGGCAGGAUGGAGCGCCUUCCCUUUUUCACCAGGUAACGCGACUCCUGAUCCUCGUGUAUCAUCAACAAUAGAAACAUUGCUUGAUCGGUGGCAGCAACGACGCAAUCAGAUUAAAAACGAUUUUGACAAAGCUGAAAGCCUGCUAGCACUAGAAGAGGUUUUGCUACAAGUGUCGAGGGUCUCAGAUGAUAAGAAAAGGCUGACAAAGUUAUACCUCGACCUCGCGUCGCUGAGUCGAAAAGCAGGGCGCACAGCAGUGGCUUAUAGAGCCCUGCUUAAACUCGAGCAGCUCGACCAGAAUGGCUUGUUACGCAUUCAUGAGAGAAUGCAGUGGAAGAUACAAACAUGCAAAUUGCUCUGGCAAGAGCAGGAGUUUCGAAGUGCAAUUUGGACUGGAAAAAAAGCUUGCUCUGAGCUAUCCACAUACUUGCACGAUUCCUCUUUGUCUGCACACGAAGCCACAUCGUUGCAGUUGCUGCUUGUUCAAGUGCUAACCAUUACCGGCAAAUGGAUCGCAUCUCAGCGUUCUGAAAGCUCUCAGACUAUUCUCGAAGACUACUUUCAAAAAGCUACCAAAAUUAUGACCUCGAUGGAUGCUGACGCGGUUUCGGAGAGGGCGCAAGAUGCUGCUAAAGCACAUUUUGCGCUCGCAGAUUUUAUGGCUGCGAUGUACCAGCAAGUUAAUAUUCGCGUGACGUCGCGCGAGUGGCUAGCAGGCAAAAAGGUGGUGCAUGCACGACACGAGGAACUUCGUGAGCUACAAAGUAUGGAGCAAACUAUGCAAAACGAGAAUCGAGCCCACAUACAUGCGUUGAACCGAGAAGUUGUUCACGACAUGAAUGAGCGCUCAAAAGUGGAGUCAUCUGUGGAUCAAUUCUUGAUUGGCGCUUUGUGCAGCUACGGUAAAGGUUUGUGUUUCUCACCCCAAGCUGAGCUUGACAUGGUGUUUCGUAUGUUUUCUCUAUGGUUCAACAAUCAACUCAAGGCUGAUAUCAACCGAGUCGUCAUCCAAGAAAUUAUCGAUGUUGUUCCAUCAUUCAACUUCGUUCCUCUGUCCUAUCAGAUAAUUUCGCGCAUUAGUAGUUCCACUGAGAAUACGAGCACCUUUCAAACUGCACUACGUAAACUUGUGAUAAAACUGAGCGUGGAGCAUCCGCAUCACACGCUGAUACAACUUGUCGCACUGAAAAAUAGUGGAGACGUGGAAGGCAAAGGUGCUCUGCAGUUUCGGGCAAACGUUGGAGAUGCAAAGGCCGAAGGUGCAAGAGUAUAUCUGGCUGAGCUAAUGAAAACGGAAUUGCGGGAGCUGCUUGAAUCAAUCGACUCCAUAGCAAAUGCAUACGUCCAAUUGGCGCUGUUCGACACGAGCGAGUAUCAUGGACAAAAGAAAAAGAUCUCUUUUGCAAAAGUAUCAAUUUCUGAGACAAACUCAGGAAGAUUUGGAGCAACACCAUUUGAUCAGUGUCUUCGAGUUCGCGCACGGCGGGGAGGUACUGUCGUAAUGCCGGCAGUACUGACAGCCUACAUUUCACCACGAGCUGAUAUGGACUACUCGAAUGUCGUUCGCAUGUAUUCGUUCGAGCCACAAUUCUCUAUCACAGAUAGCGGUAUACAUCGUCCGAAGAUCAUUUAUUGCUACGGUUCGGAUGGUAAGCGGUACAAACAACUGGUAAAGGGUCAAGAUGAUACGCGGCAAGAUCUUGUUAUUGAGCAAGUGUUUGAGACGAUGAAUCAGUUUUUGAUGGAGGAGAAAGAGUCUCGCAAGCGAAAAUUACGUCUACGAACAUACCGAGUAGUUCCGCUAUCACCUAUUGCUGGCGUGCUAGAGUGGGUGGAGAACACAAUACCAUGGGGAUCAUAUCUUGUGAGCAGAACAUCUAAGAGGUUGUCAGCGCACGAGCGGUAUCACCCCUUCGAAUGGAAACACGCUGAAUGUCGUCAAUAUUUAAAAAAUGCGCCAGAAAAAUUGCCCGCCUUUGCGGAGAUUCAAGCAAACUUUACUCCAGUAUUCCACCAUUUUUUCUUGGAAAUGUUCCCGGAUGCGGCUGUAUGGUACUACCGUCGACUGGCUUACGUACAAAGUGCAGCUGUAACGUCCAUCGUUGGCUACAUUCUUGGUAUUGGAGACCGCCAUUCGCAGAAUAUCCUGAUUCACGAGGAGACCGGGGAGCUCGUGCAUAUCGACUUUGGUGUCGUGUUUGACCAGGGUAUGGCUCUAUACACGCCAGAAACUGUUCCUUUUCGACUCACACGAGACAUGGUCGACGGGAUGGGAAUUUCUGGUGUAGAUGGCGUCUUCUCACGAUGCUGUGAGGUUACACUCCAGCUUUUACGUAAAAAGAGUGCAUCAGUCGUUACGAUUCUUGAGGUUUUUGUGCAUGACCCACUCUACCGUUGGAUGCUUUCGCCACUGAAGGCACUAAAGAUUCAAGAAGGUGGCGAAAAUGAUGGACCAAAAUCUGCUAUUCGUCCACGACGCUUGGGCCACCCGAAUAGCAGCAGCACCGUCAUUGAUUCGGGCAGUACAAACUUCACUCAGCCCGCAAAAGGGAUACAAGCGGAACCUGGAAACACAGACGCAGCUGCUCGUGCCUUAAUUCGCGUCAAACAAAAGCUAGAGGGUUAUGAAGAUCCAAAUGGUAGUGCUCUUAGUAUCGAAGGACAGGUCAAGCAACUUCUUAGCGCUGCACAAGACCCACAUAAUCUGUGCAGACUCUUUCCAGGGUGGGCUCCAUGGUUGUAG